AUGGAUGAUUCGGUCGCUACUUCAUUUUCGCCCCGCCGGACAACGUUGAAACGUCAAAUGGUAAGGUUUUUCUGAUAAAUUUAAACUUUUUCUUUGUUUUUCAAAAACAUCUGAACGUUUUGAUUGUUUUUUGUGAUAGGUUUUAAAGUUUGGCUUUUAGUCUGAUGAAGACACGAUGUUUAACGCCUCCAGUCCGAAGAAACCUCAUUACGAAGAAGGUAUCAGCACGGACUUUGACGGAAUCAGAAUCUACGAGAAUUCCAGCGGCUCCAACUCUCCACAGACGCCUAUUAUUGUCGAAGAAGUAGAUGGAUUUGAGGAGUAAGUUGUUAUUAUUGUCUUGCUUUUAGAUUAUGUACUCACAGCUAUAUUCGCAAUCCGUUUACAAUCAAAACAGCUUUCGAGUUAUGUUUUGUGAUAAAGUUUUAGUUUUCAGAUUGUCGGAUGAUGCGUCAACGUCUUACCAAUACGAUAAUUCUACCGAACAGCCGGUUGUCGAAGAGCCAGCGGAAGAAGAGUAUUUUUUAUUGACGGAUGAGCUCAAAGAUUACAUAUCACGUCUAAAAAAGCAUCCAAUUAUACCUCGUAACUUGAAAACGGGUAAAGAGUUGAUUCCGUACAAUAUGAACGACAUGAACAACAGAAUCCAUGAGGUGGAAGAGCAAGAAGAUGCUGAGUUCGAAGAACUAGCUCCCAACGAUCUCAAUGAACCAGUCGAUCCGGGAAGUUUAGAUGAGGAUGCCAUGGAGAUCGAUUAA